AUGUCGGAUGAUAUAUGGGAGGAGAGUGCUGUCAAAGGAUUUCAAUUUGAUUUAGAGGAAGCAGAUAAUACUUCAACGUACUCUCAUAUUCUCGGUGAUAGCUUUGGUGAAAAAUUUUGUGAUGAAUCAAUAACAAUAGACUUUAACAAUCAAUUUUGUACAAUAUGCCAUAACUUAAUCGGUAAUGAGAUUUACUAUGAAAAAGAUGCUACGUUCUGUUCAGAGGCAUGCUGGUUGAAAGCAAUUACAAUAGCUCUUGAUGAUUUUGUUGUUGGGGGAAUGAGUACAUGGCCAUUGAGUACUUUUGUUUCACAAUCUUCUAAAUCAGUUAUUUUAAAUUUGACUACAAGCACUUUUGAUGGAAAUUUAAUUACAAAGAUUGUUAUUGAAGUUAGGAAUUCAUUAUCAGAAAGCACUUUUGAAAAUAUUUUGCUAAAAAACCCCGUAGCCGGGUUUCAUUUUCUUAACUUCCUUAGAAAUACUGGACAGUUAGUAGACUUAAAGAAAUAUAUGAAAAUACUAGGUUUUAUCAGAGAAAGUGAAAUUUCUAGCUAUAGUCAGUUGAUGCAAAAGUUGAUGAAUUUAUCGUCGGGUCAUGUAGACGAAGUUAAUAAACAUUUAAUGCAGAUUGCAGAAUCUGAAGUAGCCUCAAAUCUUGCUGUUAAAAAUAUUGUUGAAAUCUCUUCGGAAUUGGCUGUUAUCUUGGAUUAUCAGAACAGCUAUGAAAGAGAAUGGAGUUCAUAUUACAGUGAACUUCUUAUACGUACAAACGCCCGGAAAAACGCUACUACACUUCCUGAGAGUUUGUUGAUGCAGCCAUUAUGCGAAACUCUUGGUGCAUUGGCGAGGAUGGAUCAAAGCAUUAAGACCAAUAGUCGGGCUGAAACUCUUGGGAAAAAGUUCAAAAUAUCGGAUGAACAGUUUAGAUGGUUGUUGAUAGAGCCCCUUGUUCAGUCACGAAACUGGGACGAUCUGGAAUUUAUCAUGUUAAAAAAGAAAUCUUUGUCGCGUCGUAUGGAGGUUACCAUCCCAACUGACCGUUUUAUCCUUCAUCUCAAUUCAUUAGGUGUCCCAAACAAUAUUAUUGAAAGUUACUUGAAAUAUCUAAGUGAUGAUGAGUUUAUACAGAUUGUUAUUCGGUUAAAUAUGGUCGAUGAAGCGGUUAAACUCUGCUUGGAAAAGCGAAAUAUCAACGCUUUGAAGGAACUCAUGUCUCAAAUACCUGGCAAUCAUCAAAAGAAGAAAGAAAUAUCUCACUAUCUAUCAGUUCCUGUUGCACAGUGGAAAGACUUUGUUUGUAGACAAGCGUUUUGA